CAAGCUGUGGUUCCUAGAGAGGCAGGAAGUUCCACAAUUGGGGAGGGGUCAGGCCCUCGGAGCUCCCCCCACCUUUGUGUUCCUGCAAGGGACAUCGGCCGGCCUGCCUGCGAGGAGCUCCCAGCGCCCUUUGAGGAGGUGGCUGAGUGUUUCACCCAGGAGGAGUCAGCUCUGCCGGAUCCAGGCCAGAGGGGACUGUCCAAGGAAGUCAUGAUGGAGAAUUUUGGGCAAAUGGUUUCUCUUGUUGGGGAUGUGUGGGAGAAAACAAAGGAAAGAGCACAUCAAGUAUCCGAGGAAAGUGAUAAGUGGCCGGACAUGGAAGCGAAUGUUGAGAAUCAAGAUGGGAUGAACAAGCUGGAGAGAAACCAAAGAAAUAAGGAGAGGAAAAAAUCCCUGGUUCAUGCAAUUACGGUACAACAAAAAACAGUCGAAGAAAUGAGAGCCAAAAAACGCCCUGUGGGUAGAAAAAGGGUUGCUCAUAAAACAGCCCUUGAUGACGAUUUGGCAAGGGACAGAGCGGAGAAACGAUAUAAAUGCCUGGAAUGUGGAAAGAGUUUCAGACAGAGUACAGUACUUAUCUCCCAUCAAAGAACACACACAGGAGAGAAACCAUUUAACUGUCUGGAGUGUGGGAAGGCAUUUAAUCAGAAAGGGUCACUUACUUCCCAUCAGAGAAUUCACACUGGAGAGAAACCAUUUAAUUGUCUGCAGUGUGGAAAGAGCUUCAGGCGGAAGGAUAGCCUUACUUCACAUCAGAGAAACCACACAGGAGAAAAUCUAUUUGACUGUUUGCAGUGUGGAAAGAGCUUUAAUCGCAGGCAUAGUCUUACCAGUCAUGAGAGAACUCACACAGGAGAGAAACCAUUUCCAUGCCUGCAGUGUGGAAAGAGCUUCAGGCAGAGCUGUGCCCUGAGAGCACAUGAAAUAAUUCACAUUGGGGAAAAACUGUAUAAAUGCCUGGAGUGCGGAAAGAGCUUCAGACGUAUGUACGCGCUUAAUUCCCACCGAAGCACCCACAUAGGAGAGAAACCAUAUCAGUGCUUGGAGUAUGGAAAUGAAUUCUGUGAGAAUAGUGCCAUUAAUUCCCACCAAAGAAUUCAGACAGGGGAGACGUCAUUUCAAUGCUUGGAAUGCGGAAAGAGAUUCUGCCAGAGAAGUGCCCUCAAUUCCCAUCAAAGAAUUCACACCGGGGAGAAACCAUAUCAAUGCUUGGAGUGUGGGAAGAGAUUCUGCCAGAAAAGUGCCCUUAAUUGCCAUCGAAGAAUUCACACGGGGGAGAAACCCUUUAAAUGCUUCGAGUGUGGAAAGAGCUUCAGUCUUAAACCGUCUCUUACACUACAUCAAACCACCCACACAGGGGAGAAACCCUUUAAAUGCUUAGAGUGUGGAAAGAGUUUCAGUCGGAAGGCGUACCUUUCUUUACAUCAAAUAACUCACACAGGGGAGAAACCCUACAAAUGCUUGGAGUGUGGGAAGAGCUUCAGGCUGAGGCAGACUCUUGCGCUACAUGAAAGAACGCACACAGCAGAGAAACCGUAUAAAUGCUUGGAGUGUGGAAAGCGCUUCAGUCGGAGGACAAGCACAAAGCUCAUUUGUCAUCAAAGAAUUCAUACAGGGAAGAAACUAUAUAAAUGUGCAGAGUGUGGAAAGAGCUUCAAUCUGAACACAACCCUCAGUCGUCAUCAAAGAAUUCACACAGGGGAAAAACCAUAUGAAUGUGCAGAGUGUGGAAAGAGCUUCAGUUAUAAGCCUCACUUGACUCGUCAUCAAAGAACUCACACAAGGAAAAAACCAUAUGAAUGUGCAGAGUGUGGAAAGAACUUCAGUCGGAGCAUAAGCCUCACUUUUCAUCAAAAAAUUCACACAGGGGAGAAACCAUAUGAAUGUGCAGACUGUGGAAAGCGCUUCAGUUAUAAGACUAACCUGACUCGUCAUCAAAGAAUUCACACAGGGGAGAAACCAUAUGAAUGUGCAGACUGUGGAAAGCGUUUCAGUUAUAAGACUAUCCUGACUCAUCAUCAAGGAAUUCACACAGGGGAGAAACCAUAUGAAUGUGCAGAGUGUGGAAAGAGCUUCAGUCUAUUGAAAAUUCUCACUUGUCAUCAAAGAAUUCACGCAGGGUUGAAACCAUAUGAAUGUGCAGACUGUGGAAAGAGCUUCAGUCGGAGCACAAGCCUCACUUCUCAUCAAAGAAUUCACACAGGAGAUAAACCAUAUAAAUGUGCAGUGUGUGGAAAACGCUUCAGUUAUAAGUCUAACCUGACUCGUCAUCAAAGAAUUCACACAGGGAAAAAACCAUAUGAAUGUGCAGACUCUGGAAAGCGCCUCAGUCUACAGAAAAUUCUCACUUGUCAUCAAAGAAUUCACACAGGGGAGAAACCAUAUGAAUGUGCAGAGAGUGGAAAGAGCUUCAAUCAGAACUCAAACCUCACCACUCAUCAAAGAAUUCACACAGGGAAAAAACCAUAUGAAUGUGCAGAGUGUGGAAAGAGCUUCAGUCUAUUGAAAAUUCUUACUUGUCAUCAAAGAAUUCACGCAGGGGAGAAACCAUAUGAAUGUGCAGGGUGUGGAAAGAGCUUCAGUCGGAGCACAAGCCUCACUUCUCAUCAAAGAAUUCACACAGGAGAUAAAACAUAUAAAUGUGCAGAGUGUGGAAAACGCUUCAGUUAUAAGUCUAACCUGACUCGUCAUCAAAGAAUUCACACAGGGGAGAAACCAUAUGAAUGUGCAGAGUGUGGAAAGCGCUUCAGUUAUAAGUCACAACUCACUUCUCAUCAAACUAUUCACACAGGGAAGAAGCCAUAUGAAUGUGCAGAGUGUGGAAAGAGCUUCAGUUAUAAGCCUCACCUGACUCGUCAUCAAAGAAUUCACACAGGGGAGAAGCCAUAUGAAUGUGCAGAGUGUGGAAAGAGCUUCGGUUAUAAGCCUCACCUGACUCGUCAUCAAAGAAUUCACACAGGGGAGAAACCAUAUGAAUGUGCAGACUGUGGAAAGCACUUCAGUUGGAGCGCAAGCCUCAUUUCUCAUCAAAGAAUUCACACGGGAGAAUGUGCAGACUGUGGAAAGAGCUUCAGUGAUAAGCCUCACUUGACUCCUCAUUAA